AUGGAUUCCAUCAAGCAGGGCGCCAACUACGUCGGUGAGAAGGUCCAGCAGGCCACCUCUGGUGCCUCCAAGGAGACCAACAAGCAGGUCGCCAAGGACAGCAACGCCCCCGUUGGCACUCGUGCUUCCGCUGCCAAGGAUGCUCUCGGUGACAAGGUUGACGAGUCCAAGCAUGACGCCAAGGGCGAGGCCCACAAGGAGGCCAUCUAG